GAGCCGCCACGGUAGAGAAUUAGUAAUAGUAGCAGCGGCGGCAGAAGUGGUAGUAGUGCACGCAUCGUUGUUUCGUCGACAACAACAGUAUCGUUAUCCCUCGCGCGCGCGCUGUCGUUCGUAACUGCGACAUCAUCAGGGUUUGAGCACCGCGGUUCGGGUGCCAUGAUAAUUUCGCCCGUAUAAAAACCGCUCAGUAUGCUGAAGCUGUUAGGCGGUCUCAAAGAGUUCAUCAAGAGACAGGAAGUCACUACCGACGGCACCAUUUUUCGGGUGCACGUCACCUUUACCACGGUGGUGUUACUCGCGUGCUCGCUAAUGGUGACGGCCACACAAUACGUCGGCAACCCAAUACAGUGUAUCGUAGACGGUUUGCCUACCAGGCCGGUGAACACGUACUGUUGGAUAAUGUCCACGUUCACCAUGCCCGACGCUUUCCGUCGGCAACAGGGCGUAGGCGCGGCCCAUCCUGGCGUAGGGCCCGAAGAAGGAGAGCCGGCCAAAUACUAUUCUUACUAUCAGUGGGUGUGCUUUGUACUAUUCUUUCAGGCCAUGUUGUGCUAUUUCCCAAAAUGGGUAUGGGACGCUCAAGAAGGGGGACUAAUGACUACGCUGGUCAUGGGCCUCCACUACGGUUUGGGAGAAGAAAAGGAAAAGGAGAAACGCAAGACUAUUCUCAUCCAUUACUUACUUACUCAUAUUAAGAAACACACAUGGUACGCCGCUAAGUAUUGGCUAUGCGAAUUUUUGUGUUUCAUCAACAUAGUGCUGCAGAUCUAUUGGAUGAAUAAAUUUUUCGGCGGAGAGUUUCUCACCUAUGGGCUCAGAGUGAUAGGCUUAUCAGGUGAACACCAAGACGACCGAAUCGACCCCAUGGUUUUUAUAUUUCCUAGGGUGACCAAGUGCACGUUCCACAAAUUCGGUCCAUCUGGAACUGUACAGAAGCACGAUUCACUGUGUAUAUUGCCACUGAACAUCGUCAACGAGAAAACCUAUAUAUUCAUAUGGUUUUGGUUUUUGUUGCUUCUUGCCGCUCUGGUCUUGCUCGUUGUUCACAGAAUUCUAUUACUGUACAAUAAGAAUGUAAGGAAAAACGCUUUGAGGUAUCGCCACUACAGGCUAAUAAAUGAUGACGUGGCCAAAGCUGUAACGAACAAAGUAUCCAUCGGUGAUUGGUGGGUCCUGUACAUGUUGGGCAAGAAUUUGGAUCCAUUAAUAUACAGGGACGUGAUACGUGAAAUAGCUAAAAAAGCAGAUCUUUAGUGACUACAUAAUUCGAGUCACUAGUCUUAAGUUGACCAUUUCAGUCGUAUGGUAAUUGUUGGGCAUAAGUUCAUCCUCAUAAACAUUGGAUUUAUAUUUAUAUACUAUUAUGUACAUAUCACUUUAUUACAUUUGAAUAAUUGGUAUGAAUAAUUUUUGUACACGUUUUGUAGAAUUAGAAAAAUUAUUCAAAAUAAAUUAUUAUAUUUCAUGUAAAAAAAAUAAAAUAAAACAAAUUUUGUAAUGUUACAAGUAUUUUAUUAACUUUAUACAUUAAAUAAAUAUGUACUAAAAGUUUUUUAAA